GUUGUUCCGUCCAGGCCCAUGGCUACGAUCGCGGUGGACGCGGCGGGCGGUUCCGCUGGCCCAUUCUCAUUGCAUCCGGCGAGUCUUCACUGAAGUCUUGCCCCCCUCGCGUCUAUGGCGUCAGGGGAUCUGCUGCGCUCAAGAACUAUCAGUCCCA